UAGCUGACGCUGCUUGUGCUGUGCUACUUGCCCUGUUCUUGGUUCAACUCGGAGGGGAGGGAGCCGCUGUUGCAAACCUUUUUUCCGAGAAGAUUGAGAUGGAAGCGGAGCGCGGCGAGGAGAUGAUGAUGGCGGCGGCCGAGGAGGGGUGGCAGACGCCGAGGCGGGAGGAUUGCCGCAUCCCGGUGGUGCCGCCGUGCCCGGCAGCGCCGCCGAGGAAGAAGGCGGUUGCGCUGUCGGAGUUCGCGGGCAGCAAGCGUCGGGAGCCGCCCAAGGGCGGCUACUUCCAGCCGCCGGACCUCGAGUCACUGUUCGUGCUGGCGCCGCCGCGGAGGCAGGCCUCCGGCUGCGCCCGAGUUAAGCUACACGCCGGCGCUGGUCCGGUGGACGGUGCAGUUCAUGAACCGGCGAUAGCUAGAUAGUUAGCUAGCUAGUAGUAAUUGUAGGUGUAGGGAUGCACGCAGCAGCAGCACAUCUUUUUUUUGUGUGUGUGUGGUUUUGGGUAGAAGAUGGAUGUGCGUGCAUUUGUUGCUGUGCUUUUGUGGUGAUUUCACCGCGCGUUGCAUGCCUUUGUGAUCCUGUUAGGGCUUAGGAGAUCAGGUUCGAAUGAUCUGCAGAAGGUGUGAGACGUGUACUAUGUGUGAUGUAAAAUGUUUAUGCAAGUAGGGAAACUCCUGAAGGAGGCUUGUGCAA